AUGGCCAGCGUUGUCUUGAAUUUCCGUGCAGUCUAAAAAUUAAUGUAAAUUGAUAAAUAUCAAUUUAUAGAAAUUUUGUAAACAAUGUUCAAGUUUCGAUGUUUUAGGGCGUCAUUCGAUUUUAUUACGGGAAAACAACACGGUUGGGACUGUGAUUUGAGUCCCGUGUCAGUUAUUGGAGUUUAUAGGAAAAACGAUGGUGAUCAUAAUGAUGAAGAGUUAAUGUACAAUCCUCCAAGAAAAUUGCUUCCGUCUAUGGUACAACUUCCAAUGUCUCAAACUGGACCCAUAACAACAUCUAAAAGUACAUGUGACCUCACGAAAGAAACAAUUCCUACACAAAACCUAACACGAAGCUUGCAUGAUGUAUCACUGUCUAAACAUCAACUUAAGGAACAGAAGAAAUUAGAAAAACAACAGAUGCUCGAGCAAAAAAAGCAAACAAAAACUGCUUUACAAGAAAGACAGAGACAAGAAAAAUUUGCAGCCCAGGAAAGGAAAAAACAAGAAAAGCUUGCAAUAAAACAAAAGUUGGCAGCACAAGAUAGGCAAAAACUAGAAAAAGCAGCUGAAGAGGCAAAAACACAAGGAAACCUAGCAAGAGAACAAGACCAACCGAAAUCCCCUAUAAAUAAACUGAAAUUGAAAAAGAAAACUGCUCCAAUCCCACCACAACCUAUUAAUCAACAAAUACCUCAAAAAAACAAUCCAGAAGAACAAACAAGCAAGAACGAAGUAACGGAACCGAAACCACGAAGGCCUGCCCAAACCACCGCAAGGAAUAAUCAAUCAAAUUACUCAACGUAUACGCUAGAAAGUUCUAUAAGCAGAUCUAGUGGACCGCCGCCGUAUGGUGAAUACCCAGAAAUUAUAACAGAUGUACCAGACAGUAACGUAACAUUUGGAAAACCGGUUGCUGAUAGCAGUUGGGACUUGAUAUCACAGCACAGGGAGCAGAUGAGCAAAAACAGAACAGAGGAUAUAGUACCAAAGACGAAAAAAGACGUACAGUACAACGUGGGAAACUUACUAGGUGAAAAUAGUGAUGCAUAACUUAGCGUAUAUCUUAGUAACAAAAUAUAUAUU